AUGCAAAUUUUCGUCAAAACACUCACAGGCAAAACUAUUACACUCGAAGUCGAGCCUUCGGAUACAAUUGAAAAUGUAAAAGCUAAAAUUCAAGAUAAAGAAGGUAUUCCACCAGAUCAACAACGAUUGAUCUUUGCUGGUAAACAAUUAGAAGAUGGUCGAACAUUAUCCGAUUAUAAUAUUCAAAAAGAAUCAACACUUCAUUUGGUUCUUCGUCUUCGUGGUGGUAUGCAAAUCUUUGUUGAACCAUCGGAUACAAUUGAAAACGUCAAGGCUAAAAUUCAAGAUAAAGAAGGCAUUCCACCAGAUCAACAACGUUUAAUCUUUGCUGGUAAACAAUUAGAAGAUGGUCGUACACUUUCAGAUUACAAUAUUCAAAAAGAAUCAACACUUCAUUUGGUUCUUCGUCUUCGUGGUGGUAUGCAAAUCUUUGUUAAGACACUUACAGGCAAAACAAUUACACUUGAAGUUGAACCAUCGGAUACAAUAGAAAAUGUCAAGGCUAAAAUUCAAGACAAAGAAGGUAUUCCACCUGAUCAACAACGUUUAAUUUUUGCUGGCAAACAAUUAGAAGAUGGUCGAACAUUAUCCGAUUACAAUAUUCAAAAGGAAUCAACUCUUCAUUUAGUUCUUCGUCUUCGUGGUGGUCAAUAA